AUGGUUGCUUACAACCAAUAUCUAUACACUUCUGAGAGGAACCCUGUCAAUUUUGGAACUACUCAGAAGAAGGGAGUCAUGGAGCAGCAACAAAGACCCUCUCAAAGCCAAGACACUCCUGAAUUAGCCACACUAGUUGCUGAACUUUCCAAGACCACUCACAGCUUUAUGCAAGAGACCAGAGCUUCAAUUCAGAACUUGGAAGUACAAGUAGGUCAGUUGAGUAAGAGGAUACCUGAGAGACCUCCUAACACUCUUCCCAAUAACACAGAGAUAAAUCCAAGGGAAGAUUGCAAGGCCCUUACCAUGGCCAAGGGGGCCGAGUCUAAGGAGGUGCAUGCUGCUGAGGAAUUGAAGGAAGAAAAGGCUAGAAGCACAAUGGAGCCUGAAGUACCACACCCUCAAAAGCUUCAAGAGGAGACCAAGGAUGAGCAGUUCACUCAGUUCUUGGAAAAUUUUAAAAUGUUGCACAUCAAUAUUCCUUUUGUUGAGGUGUUGGAGAAGAUGCCUCCCUAUAUGGCUUGUAUGAAAGACUUACUCUCUGAGAAGAAGGCCUUGAAAGGAGAUGAAACUGUGUUGGAAAUCCAAGAGGCACAAACAACAAGGAUAAACCUGCAAAUGGCUGACAAGUAUCUGAGGCAGGCAUAUGGGCUAGUGGAGAACGUAGUGGUCAAAGUUGAAGAUCUCUUCCUCCUUGUAGACUUUGUGAUACUUGACAUGGGAGAGGAUACAGAUGAUUCCAUCAUCCUAGGAAGACCAUUCCUAGCUACUGGGAGAGCUCUGAUAGAUGUUGAGAAAGGAGAGUUAGUUCUGAGGUUAUAG